GGGGGUUUAGCAUAUUGUGAUUCGGCCACUCGCAGCUUUUGCGGACCUUAUCUAAUGUGUGACUGUAUCUCGUCAUUAUCCCCAUCUCACAUUGCUCGGCCCUGAGCAUAAGUACGCCAUCGUCAUCAUGUCGGUUGAAGUCAUUACCACCAUCUCCCCCAACACCAACGAGGCCAUCCUCACCCGGAAUGGCGCCUCGCCUGCCGACCUCGAGGCGCUUCCCCGAGUCGCCACCGAGGCGUUCCAGAGCUUCCGGAAGACCACUCUGAAGGAGCGACAAGCAAUCGUCCGCAAGUUCCUCGAUGGCCUCCUGGAGGAGAAGGACCAGCUUGGAGAGGAGCUUACUGCUCAGAUGGGACGGCCCAUCAACUACACGCCUGGGGAGGUCGCCACAGCUGUGAAGCGGGGUGAGUAUCUCCUCAAGAUCAGCGAGGAAGCUCUCAAGGAUACCGACGGAGAGCCUGAGAAGGGCUUCAAGCGAUUUAUUAGAAAGGUCCCUGUUGGCCCAGUCCUGGUCAUCUUCGCUUGGAACUACCCCUACCUUAUUCUUGUAAACUCUCUUAUCCCUGCCAUCUUGGCUGGAAACACUGUGAUCCUCAAGGGAUCUCCCCAGACCCCCACCGUGGUUGAGCAUGCCACCGAGAUCUUCACGGAGGCAGGGCUUCCCCAGGGUGUUCUGCAGUACUUCCACUGCGGCUCUCCCAUCAUUAUGGAGACUAUCGUCCGAAAUCCUCUAAUUGCUCUCGUCUGUUUUACCGGUUCCGUUGGUGGUGGCCUCGCCGUCCAGAAGGCUGCCGCUGACCGUGUUGUCAAUGUCGGACUCGAGCUUGGUGGCAAGGACCCCGCGUACAUCAGGGCCGACGUCGACAUCGAUUGGGCAGCGGGAGAGAUUGUUGACGGAGCUGUCUUCAACUCUGGCCAGAGCUGCUGCUCUCUCGAGCGUGUCUACGUCGACGAAAAGAUUCACGAUUCCUUCGUCGAGGCAGUUCAGAAGGUCCUCAAGGGAUACAAGCUUGGAGAUCCCUUUGACAAGAGCACCCACGUUGGCCCUGUUGUCUCGAAGAGGUCUAAGGAGGCGAUCGAGGAGCACAUCAAGGAUGCCCUCUCCAAGGGUGCAAAGGAUGCCACGCCCGAGAACGAGACCUUUAGCAACCUCCCGUUGAAGGGUAACUUUGUGAAACCCACCCUGCUGGUCAACGUCGACCACACCAUGCGGGUCAUGGUCGAGGAGACAUUCGGACCUGUUGUGGCCGUGCAGAAGGUCGGGAGCGACGAGGAAGCCGUUAAGCUGAUGAAUGACAGCGAGUUCGGCCUCACGGCAAGCAUCUGGACCAAGGACACAGAGAAGGGUUACGAGCUCGCCGAGGACGUGGAGGCGGGCACUGUCUUUGUCAACCGAUGCGACUACCCGAGCCCGGACCUCGCCUGGACCGGGUGGAAGAACUCGGGUAAGGGACAAACGCUCAGCCAGUUUGGAUACGACCAGUUCGUCAAGCUCAAGAGCUACCACCUCAAGGACUACCCCAAAUAGAAGUUGCGUUGCCGGUAGGAAAUGGACAGGAUGGUUUGACAUGCAGGCCAGAGUAGAUGAAUGCAAUCACUCUAAUCUUCUCUCCCGCAGCGUUCAUGUUGAUCCAUUGCUCACAGCUCAGUUCACUCUGGCCAGCCGCAUUCCACCAUGUGCAACACGCAGCAACCAGCCUGAGAAUCUGUGAGAUGCGAGCAACCUGUGACAGGUCACCAGCUGGAAUACCAAGGACUGCGUUGUUACGGCAAGUCGAUCAACGUCGACAACACUGGUGGCCCGCGGGUCU